AUAUAUAUCCAUCAAUUGAUUUCACUUCUUCAUACCAACGUACAGCUUAGCCUACGGUUCACAGCUUCUAUGGAGCUUCAUCUUCGUCCCAUUCUAACUUGCCUCUCUCUGCUGGUGGUUGUAAGCAAUGCUUCUCUACCUUCUGAGGUCUACUGGAAGUUGGCUUUGCCGUAUACUCCGAUGCCCAAAGCCGUGCGAGAUCUCUUGCAGCUGAACUCAAUGGAAGGUGGAAGUUCAAUCAAUGUGAGCAAGGUUGUACUAAAUGCCAUCCCAGAGAGUACCUAUAUCAAAUACCAAAACCCAUCGGCUGCUGACACCCCCACUGAAGACCAACCUCAAGACACCUCCAGAAAAGGUUACUUCUUGGAAAAAGACCUGCAUUCCACCACAAAAAUGAAGAUGCACUUCAGAAAAACUACAAAUGAAGCCACUUUCUUACCCCGUCAAGUGGCCGACUCCAUACCCUUUUCAUCUGACAAGUUCCCAGAAAUUCUAAACCGGUUUUCACUGAAACAAAAUUCCGAGGAAGCUGAAAUAAUGAAGGAAACGAUACAAGACUGUGAACAACCAGCCCUGGAAGGAGAUUCCAGGUUCUGUGCCACAUCCUUGGAAUCCCUAAUUGAUUUCAGCAUUUCAAAGCUUGGAAAAAACAUCAAACUAAUCUCAAAUGGAGUUGAAAUGGGAAGCCAGGAAUACGAACUAGGAGUGGGAGUGAAGGUGGUUGCAGACAAAUCAGUGGUGUGCCAUAAGCAGAAGUAUCCAUACGCUGUGUUUUACUGCCAUGCAAUCCAUAAGACGAGGGUUUACACACUUCCAUUUGUGGGAACCGAGGAUGGAACCAAAGCUGAGGUUGUGGCUUCUUGCCAUAUAGAUACGUCGGCUUGGAACCCGAAGCAUGCGGCCUUUCAAGUGCUGAAAGUUAAACCAGGAACUGUCCCUGUUUGCCACUUCCUUCCUCGUGAUGAUCUCAUCUGGGUUCCUAAAUAGCUAGAAAUCUGAAAGAAAAAAAAAAGCCUCAAGCCUAGUCGCAUAAGUCGAUCUUGUAUUUUCUAAUAUCCAUAUCUGAUGUGCUUUGAAUAAGUGCUGGUUAGAGGAAUGUAUGUAUGUCUAUGGGUACUAUUUGCAAUGUAUUUCAGGUUAUGCCAUGACCAUCUUCUUGGUUUUUA